AUGGCGGACACCGCCCUUCCCUCGCCCGCGAUGCUGCCGCCCUCCGAUUCCGACCUGCUCCUGCCGCCGUCCGAUUCCGACCUGCUCCUGCCGCCCACCGACGCCCCGACCCCCGAAGCCGCCGCCAGGACCCCCAACCUCCCCGACACCCCCGCCUCCGCCGCGGAUCCCGAGACCCCCUUCUCCGACGCCGCCACCGCCUCCGACGCCGACGUUUCCGCCGUCGCCCCGCUCUACGCGGCGGCCGUGGAUGACGCCGACGACGACGGGAUCAACGACCCCUCGGGCGCCGCCAGGAAGCACAUGACCCUCGCGCCCCCGGCCCCGCCGACCAAGAAGUCCAAGAAGAAGGGCGGCAACUGCGUCUGGACCAGGCCCAACUCCCGCAAGGGGAAGAAGAAGGCCAAGCCGCCCGGCCACGCCGUCGCCGGCGGCGCCGGCGCCAGCGGAGGCGGUCGCCCCAGGCCCUCCUGUGGCGAGGACGAGUUCCUCCUCACCCCGGCACCCCGCCUCGCGGCCGAACGCAACGACGACGGCCCCGAACUACCUGUGCUCCUCUCGCGUGUCUACAAGUCCGAGAAGAUCGAGGUCUCGGAGGAUCGCCUAACCGCAGGCAGCACCAAGGGCUACCGCAUGAUACGCGCCACCCGUGGCAUUGCAUCCGGUGCUUGGUAUUUUGAGGUCAAGGUGAUGCACCUUGGUAGCUCCGGCGCCACCCGUCUCGGCUGGGCCACCAACAAGGCUGACAUCCAGACACCUGUGGGUUGCGACAGCUUUGGUUUCAGUUACCGCAGCGUCGAUGGCUCCAAGGUGUACAAGGCCUGGAGGGACAAGUAUGCCGAUGAAGGAUAUGGUGAAGGAGAUGUCCUGGGCUUCUACAUUUCUCUGCCUCAGGGCGAGCUGUAUGAGCCCAAACAACCUGACCUGGUUAAGUACAAGGGGAUGCCUUUCCAUGCACAAGGUCUCAAGGAUGAGAAAAAGGCGCCGGAUCCAGUUCCUGGAAGUGAGAUAGUUUACUUCAAGAACGGGGUAUGCCAAGGCACGGCCUUUGAGGAUAUUCCUGGAGGGCGCUACUACCCAGCUGCAUCAAUGUACUCACUGCCUGAUGAGCCAAAUUGUGAGGUCAGGUUCAACUUUGGGCCUGAUUUCACGUUCUUCCCUGAAGACUUCGCAGGCCGUCCUGUUCCUCGGCCAAUGAGCGAGGUACCUUACCAGGCAUAUGAGCUGAUGAGUGAGGGACCUGCUGAAAAUGGUAAUGCUGAAAAGGCUGGUUAG